AUGGAGCAACAACAAGGUCUUGUACAGCGCGGGCAUAGCACAAAACUGGACAUGGCAGCACUUGCUGUCACCGAAGUUUUGUCCCGUAAUGGGUUGAAGCACGGCUUCUUCGGUGGAUACGCAGUCUCAGUCUUUGGCGGAGAACGUCUCACUCAAGAUGUUGAUGUUAUCGUUGGCGAGGAUGCUCAAGCGGCUCGCCAGCAGCUGCUAGCAGGGGAUGGAAACUUCUACAUGAUAGUAACAAACAAGCUGAAAUUCCGCCUAGAAGGCCAAGAUAUUGACAUCGAGGUCGAACUUCUACGGGGUGGAAAAGACCAGCCAAUGAAGCUGCCCGAUAUCAACACUGCCCUGAUCAUCCUGCAAACCCACACGAAGUUGAACACGACCGAGUUAAUCACCAAAAGUACUGAGGAAAUAACGGACUCUACACAGCAGGACAGGGAGCAAGAAGAGAAGGAGGAAGAAGAGGAGGAGAAGAUGAAGGACGAGGAAGCGCAAGAAGAGGAAGAGGCAGAGUUUUACCCUUCCAUCUGCGCAAACCUAUACAACCGCCUUAUGCGCACCAGAUUUUAG